UCGUAAGCUGGUUUGGUGUGGCCCCCCGUGGAGGGACAGCUGUUGCAAAAGAUGACUCACCUACAGGCUGGCCUGUCUCCAGAGACCCUGGAGAAGGCCAAGGUUGAGCUGAAAGAAAACCCGGAGACUUUACACCAGGACAUCCAGGAGGUCCGGGACAUGAUCAUCACUCGGCCGGACAUCGGUUUCCUCAGGACAGACGACGCGUUUAUCCUCAGAUUCCUCCGGGCGAGGAAAUUCAACCACUUCGAGGCGUUCCGGCUGCUGGCACAGUAUUUUGAGUACCGACAGCAGAACCUGGACAUGUUCAAGAACCUGAAAGCCACGGACCCGGGCAUCAAGCAGGCCCUGAAGGACGGCUUCCCCGGCGUGCUCUCCAAUCUGGACAGAUACGGCAGGAAAAUUCUGGUCCUGUUCGCAGCCAACUGGGACCAGAGCAGAUACACAUUUGUGGACAUACUGAGGGCUAUACUGCUGUCGCUGGAAUCUAUGAUUGAAGAUCCGGAGCUGCAGGUCAACGGCUUCAUCCUCAUCAUCGACUGGAGUAACUUCACCUUCAAGCAGGCGUCCAAACUGACUCCCAGUAUGCUGCGGUUGGCCAUCGAGGGGCUACAGGACAGUUUUCCUGCCAGAUUUGGAGGAAUCCACUUUGUGAACCAGCCGUGGUACAUACACGCUCUGUACACCGUCAUCCGGCCCUUCCUCAAAGACAAGACCAGGAAGAGGAUCUUCAUGCACGGUAACAACCUGAACAGCCUCCACCAGCUGAUCCACCCUGAGAUCUUGCCGUCAGAGCUCGGUGGGAUGAUGCCGCCGUACGAUAUGGGAACAUGGGCGCGAACGCUGCUUGACCACGCCUACGACGAGGAGACCGACUACUGUCCGGAGUCCUACACCCUGUCAGUACAAGACCUGGAGAGAGACCUGGAGAAAAACCUAUCCCCAAAAACCAUGAAGAGGUGGGCUCAUCACCUCCAACACCUCCACGUCUCGAGUGUUUUACUGUUGCUGUUUAACACAACAAAAUACUCGUUUCCUCAGUUUUUUAAUUUCUUUUCCUCAGUUUUUUAAUUUCUUUUUUCAUAAGUUAGGAAAACUGAUAACUAACUGCACUGGACCAAGUUAGAGUUUUGUAGAUUUUGAGAAAGGAAGCGGCUGUGGCUGGUUGUGCAAGAUCACAUGAUCAAAUUCAAAUUGUUUCAAAAUGGAGGA